AAGGCAGCAGGAAAGAGUCGCUCGCUCGAAAAAUCAGUACCUGAGCUGACAACUUGGUUUUUUCGUGCAAAAAUGGACUCGACGGAGCGGCCAAACGCGCGAACGAAGUGAUCGCACAAAAUCUACGAGCAGAAAGGGGUGCAAUGCCGUCGGCGCACCCAUCAUGAUCGGGGAUGCAGCAAUUGUAGCCGGCGCGAUCGCAAGCUGCGCAGCAGCAGUCCGUCUGAGCUCCAGUAGAGCGUCGUCAUUCCCGUUGCGAGGACGGUGACGCAGCUCCUCUUCAACCCUCUUGGCAUUCGUCGUCCGUUCGCGCGUGAUACACCCACGCACAAAGCCAUGGACGUGCAGAAAAAAUUCCUGUGCCCCAGGCUGGUCGACUACCUGGCCAUCGUUGGUACCAGAUCACCGCCUACCACCACCAGGCAGUCCAUACAGGUGCCGGAGCUGCUGCGCAGAUAUCCGCUCGAGGACCACAAGGAUUUUCCGCUCCCCCUGGACAUGGUUUACUUUUGCCAGCCCGAGGGUUGCAGUAGCGCCGGACCCAAGAGGAGUGCUCAGCGCGAGGCCAACUCGUUUACGUUCACACUUACCGACAAGGACUCGGGUAAAACCCGGUUUGGGAUAUGCGUGAACUUUUACCGUCCGGUGGAGCGGCCUGGGGCCAACGGAGCGGCGGCUAUCGGUUUUCGGAAGGACAAGCAGAACACGAACAUACGACGCGAAAGUUGGAGAAAGAGCGUCGAAAAAAGCUCCGAUUCGGCAUUUUCCAGCGAUCACAGGAGCAGCGUGCUGGGCCCAAGCGAUUCGGAGCGCGAGAGCCGCCGGGACUCGGACGGCCAGACCCACCAGCACCAGCAUCCACCGAGGCUGGGUGUUACCGCGCCCAGUGCCGACAGCGAGAGCGGUGGCAGCCAUUCACCUUCCCCCCGUGCCUCUCGACGCCGUCAGAGAAUGCGAAAUCACACGCUGACUUCACUCUGCAUAAUUUCUCAUCACCCGUUCUUCUCCAUGUUCCGCGAAUGCCUUUACGUUCUCAAGAAACUUAUCGACGCUUGCAACGAAACGUCGAUGCCACAGAGGGUCGGUGCUUCCCGACAACACAGAGACACCAAUGUAUGGUCAGUACUGUGCGGCCAAUCGAUGGAGGGCGCAUCGUCGAUCGUACUGCACGACGUACGCGAAAUUGAGACUUGGAUCCUAAGAUUACUGAGUGCUCCAGUGCCCGUGCCAACCAAGACCCGCGUCGAGGUCGAGAUUCUGUCCCCAGUCAUGCAGCCACCUCUGUGCUUCGCCCUUCCCGAUCACACGCGCUUCACCCUCGUUGAUUUCCCGCUUCAUUUGCCGCUCGAGCUGCUGGGCGUCGACAUCUGCCUGAAAGUGCUCGCCCUCAUCCUGCUUGAACACAAGAUACUCCUUCAAUCGCGUGACUACAAUGCACUGUCCAUGUCGGUGAUGGCGUUCGUGACGAUGAUCUACCCCCUGGAGUACAUGUUCCCGGCCAUCCCCCUCCUACCAACGAGCAUGAGCGGGGCUGAGCAGCUUCUUCUGGCGCCCACGCCCUACGUCAUCGGCAUUCCGGCCUCGUUUCUUAUGUUCAAGAAAAACUUUCGCAUACCCGAUGACGUCUGGCUGGUUGAUUUGGACAGCAAUCGCAUCACGCCUCCCAGUGGACUGGGUGAUAAUUUACCCCCUCUGCCCGAGCCUGAGGGUUCGGUGCUCAAGAAUCAUCUGUUACAGGCAAUGCAACUGAUGGAUCAGGCGGGCAGUGGUAAAAACGUGACCUCUCACACCACCAGCGUCGCCUCAGCGAAGCAGCGCCCGAGUAUCGACAUCACCGCGGUGGGUUUAAGUCCCCUCAACUCGCCAGGUACCUCGUCACCCCGGCGUCCAUCACUCGCCAUCUCUCACCUGAGUUCCACGCCAAGCUCCCAAAAGGCCUCACCCCAAGCCACCAGCUCCGCCAACAGCAACUUACAGACGAGCUUGAACAACCCCUUCGUCUACGGCAACGACGUCGACUCGGUCGACGUGGCCACCCGUGUCGCCAUGGUCCGGUUCUUCAACUCCCAGAACCUCCUAGCCAACUUCACCGAGCACACGCGCACCCUGAGACUUUACCCGAGGCCUGUCGUCGCCUUCCAAAUAAACUCGUUUCUGCGCUCGCGGCCCCGCGCCAGUCAGUUCCUCGACAAGUUCGCCAGGACUCAGGCCGUCGAGUUUCUAGCCGAGUGGUCCCUCACGCCGAGCAACGUGGCCUUCCUCAGAAUCCAGACCGGCAUCUGCGACCCCAGCCAGAUCGGCGACAAGCCCAAGUGGUACGCCCCGACCCUCGAGCCCAUCGUCUUCCCGGUCUGGGACUCGGUCAGCUCGCUGGCCAACGCCGUCAAGGCCCUCAGGGAACUCGAGAGCCAGCCGACCGACGAGAGCGGCUCCGAUUCCGAGGCCGCCGAGAGCACCAGCUCCUCGUACUCGUCCCUCAGCGACUUUGUCUCCGAGAUGGCCAGCAGCGAUCUGUCCCCGAGUCAGUAUACUCCGUAUACAGUGUGCCCCAUAGCUUUCAAACAUUCAAUGUCGUUGUCGAUCGACGCCCGGAACGUGUACAACCCGCCGAGUUCGCUGCAGUACCCCGGCGCCGAGGCGGAGACGGAGGAGCGCCCCGAGAGCCCGGCGAGCUCGUCGUCCAGCCACAGCGACCUCAGCAGUCCAAGCCUCAACCGGGACUCUGAGCUGGAGAUGGCGGCCAAGGCUGACAACUCCCAGGUGACCGCCUCCACGACCAAGGCUGACAAUGAUAAAACGGAGGGCGGUCUUAGUAACGAGUCAGACUCGGCCUCGACGACCACGACACCUCGCACGAUUCUCAGCGCACAAAACGUUCCCCUGAGCCAGCUCGGGAUCGAUCUUCCCCGACGGCGCUCCUCUCGGUCCAUCACUCCAGUACCACCGAUAAGCCCGACCUGCCUGCAGCGCCAGCCCAGCGUAGGCAACGUCCUGGCCCGUACCUCGAGCUUCAGCUCAGCCGCGAAUCCUCUUCUCACUCGGCAGCAAACGGAGCCAAGCAGUGCUAGCUUGCCCAGGCAGAGUUCAGCCGGUCUGGCCCAUCAGCAGCAACGCCAUCAGUCGACGACAGGAAGCGUCGGCCGUCAGAGCAGUAGUAGUAGCGCGGCUAGUAGUAGUGGAGGAGGAGGAGGGACGGGUAACGGUGUGCUCAGGCAGGGCUCGCAGGGCUCGCUGUUUGAGCAGAUCGCCAGCCAGGCGAAGGAACUAGUUAGAGAGACUACGAGGCAGAGCAGCCAGGACGGCCUGCUUGCCCACAUGGAUAAGCUGAAACACCAAGCCAAGGAAAAAAUUUCCGAAGCCGGAGAGGACAGUCUCUUUGCGCCUCUCGAGCAACUGACCCAGCAGACGAAGAAGGCGAUGGGCGAGGCGAGCAAGUCGGUGCAGGAGGUGUCAAAGACGGCCCUCGAGGCGAGCAAAACUGCUGCUGGGGUGAGCAAAAACACCCUGGACGAUCUUACGUACGUGGGGAAGAGCACCAUAGGGGAUCUGACCAAGACUGCUAAGGAAGCUGCCGCGAAGAAGGGAUUGCUCAAGGGUCUAGGAGAUUCUCAGCAAUCACCACCGCCUUCGCCACCAGCAACCAUGAUCCAACGGAAAGACUCGGGAACACAGCUCGUGCAAUCGGACGCCCGAACCGGUAGACGUGAAAUCGGUCGGGACUUCUUCAGUAAUUUCAGCAGCGACCUCAAUGGCAUCGCCAAAGAAACCUCCAGCAUGUUCAGCGGAUUUUUCGGUAGUAAGAAUAAUGCUAAUCGAAAUGCCACUGUCCUCCCUCAGUCGCAAAAAUCCAAAGGCGGUAAAUCGAGCUUAGUCGAGCGAACCUCGCUUAUAAAGCACUCGUCGGCUAAGAAUCAGGAGGAGCUCAGGAGGCAACAAAACGCAGAGAGAACCAACACAAACACGGACAAUCAGGCCUUCCUCACUGAUGUGAUCACUAAUGUUAUGACUGGUGAGGGUGUGGGUUGGCUCAAGCUAAAAAGGCUCAAGCAACUCAUGGAGGACGAGAGUUAUCGGGACUUUAUGGUAACCAAGCUUAACAAGGGCUUGAACAGGAAAAUCAGUCCUGACGAUCACGUCGACGAUGUCUGCAUAUCAAAGCCCGUUUACAAGGGAAUGCUAAAGUGCCUUCAGACGAUAGCGCAGGGUUUGGCGUAUACCUACGCUAAUUAUGGCCUAGGUGGUAUGGCCUCCGUGUUUCAAAUGAUGGAAAUAGCCCACACUCACUAUUGGAGCAAGGAUCUGUCGGAGAGUGGCUUCGACAGUUCUCUCAUGUCUCAGGCGUCAAGUCCGUUCGGUAGCCGAGAAAAUCUCACGUCCCCGCAGUCACCAAAUCACCCAGCCUACGAUCCAACGCAAAAGCCACCCGCGAACUACUUGCACCAGGAACCACCGCCCCAGCUGAGGCUCGAGCGGCCCCAGUCUCAGACUAGCAGUGACGAAAAUCAGUCGACCACCGACAUGUUCCUCGAUAUGUUCAACAUGAAAAACAAGAAACUCAACCUUCUCAGUAAACUCACAUCCUUCGACUCUGAUAAGGGAAACGCAGCUGGCAGCAACGAGGCCUUGUCCACCGAUGGUGGUAGCAUCACAACGAAUCCAGCCUUUCGAUCGAGUCACCAGGCAUCCUUUCGCAGUACAGUCUCCGACAGUGAGGUUGAACAGGGCAACUUUCCGAAACAGGUGAAGCAGCGCACGGCGAGCGUUUGGUCAAGUAGCAGGUCAUCGUUGAGCAAGUUCAGUGGUGGCAACGUCUUUAUACCAUCGACAAUGAGCCCAAGUCCCGAGACAGCGCGCACCUAUCUGUUUGAGGGUCUCCUGGGCAAGGAGAGAUUGACCCUGUGGGAUCAGAUGCAAUUCUGGGAGGACGCAUUUCUGGACGCCGUCUCCCAGGAGAGGGAUAUGAUCGGCAUGGACCAGGGACCUGGUGAAAUGAUGGAAAGGUAUAAAAGUUUGAGCGAAAGCGAAAGGCGAAGGUUGGAGCACGACGAGGAUAGGCUGCUCUGUACGCUGUUGCACAAUUUGACGGCCAUACUCGUGAUGCUGAACGUCGAAAAAAAAGAGCUGAAGCAGAAGACUCGCCGGCUGCUCGGUAAAAGCCACAUAGGUCUGAUAUAUAGCCAAGAGCUCAAUCAACUUCUCGAUCAGAUAAAGGACCUGAACGGCAACGAUAUAGACCUGAAGCCCCUGACGUCCCGUCAGAUGCACCGCCAAUCUUUUACAGUCCAUUCGGGCACCAACGCCGAGGGUGACCUGCGUUUUUUAGAGGUACGCCACGACGGUCUGGUGCUGCGCUCAGUUAACGGGGUGAUCGUCGAACGCUGGUGGUACGAACGUCUGGUCAAUAUGACCUACAGUCCUCAGACCAAGGUGCUUUGCCUCUGGAGGCGGAACGGCGGACAGACCCAACUGCACAAGUAUUAUACGAAAAAGUGCCGAGAUCUGUAUUACUGUAUAAAAGAUGCGAUGGAGAAGGCCGCGGCUCGAGGCCGAGGUGGUAACAUGGACGUCGAACUUGGUGGUGAGUUUCCAGUCCAAGACAUGGUAACGAAUCAAGGGGGUCUUCUGCAGGUCUGCAUGGAAGGCAUCGGUCUCUUGUUCGCCAAUAGCAAGGAUUUUGAGUUUUUUGUAAGACUCGAGCAUAUCCGCAAGUGCUUUACUCUGAAGGGUGGAAUCUUCGUUUUGGAAGAAUUCAAUCCUAAGACUAGACAAAUAAUUCAACGUAGAUAUAAGUCCCAAAUGGCGGAUCAGAUCUGCUACUCCGUGCUAUGUUUAUUCUCAUACGUGGCUACUGGCAAUGAUCAUACGAAGCAACACCAACAGCCACAACAGCAACAACACCAUCAUCAUCAUCAUCACCCCCAACAGCAACAGUCUCAUCAGCAGCAGCACCACUUGCAGCAGAAACAACAACAUUCUCAGUCUCCUAGUCCUCGAGGCUCGAACGUUGGUUUAUCUGGUCAGCAGCAGCAGCAGCAGCAGCAACACCAGCAACAAGCGGUCCGUAGAGGCUCACAGGUCGAGUCUUACCCGCGACACCACUGACACAAAAACAGGCACUCUUUACCCUUUGUACAUAAUUAUGAGGGCUGUGCGUCUUACGCUUGCUUACCUUGGGUGUAAAAGUGUAUUUAAGUAAAAAGUUUCCGAAAAAUGUAAAAAAAAAAAAAAUAGUUAAAUACAAAUAUGUAUGAUAUUGUGAGCUAAAAGACGAUCAAAUGCGAUCGCUCGUAACCUUCUGUAUUAUCCUCAAUGAUGUCUUAAAAUUUUCUGAACAAAGCACUUGUUUCAACUUGCACAAGGUAGAUUGUUUCUAUGUUCUUUUAGAAUAUUACACAUGUGCGAAAAAAGUAUCCAUUAUUUUUCUUUUGAUACAUGAUGAUGAUGUUGGUAUUAAGAAGUGUACAUUAUAAGACAAGAUGAAUAUUGUACUGAGGGAGUAACCAUAUUUUCAAAUCGAUGCUGUUCAUUAGUAUUAAAUGAUGUUAAGAAGCCCUUUAAUUUAUGUUUAUUUUAUUGCAUGAGUCCUAUAUGUGUAUAUAAAAAUAUGUAAUGAUUAAUAACAAUUAAAUUAAAAUAUUGCUAGAGCAAUGCUGAUUAAUAAACAAUAAGAAGACAAGCAAUUUUCUUGGUAACUUGAAAAAAAAGAAAAAUGAAUGAUUUAGCAAUUAACCUCGCAUUCUUCAUUUUACGAAUAAAAUCUUGUGACUUAACUUGAAAGUGUCGUAAAUGUUAAAAAAAAAGGUGAAAAAAAAAGAAAUUGACAGUUUGCUACUGCACUAGCAAAUUUUUGUUUUAAAACGAAAAUGUGAGGUAAAUUUUUCAAUUAUUGUGAUUGUUUAGAUAACUUGGAAAACAAAGUGUUUGCAGAAAAAAAAAUAUAAAUUAAGAAAUCGUUAAACAGAUUUUUUUUAAGUAUAAAAAAUGUACGCUAUAAGACAAUACAAACUUGGUAGAUAAUUAAUUUUGAUUUUUAGAGUAUGAUGUACUAUUUUUUGCUUUCAGCAAAAAGUGUUUAUUUAAUUAGUUAUUUGUUAAAAAAAAAUCAACAAAAAAAUGAUCUACCCCCCAAAUUUUCCGUAUAACGGAAUUUAAACUUAGAUAUCAGCAAAAGAACCUAUAAAAGUGUCGGAAAUAAUAAUAUUUAUUGCCUUGCAGUUUCCAGGAAACAAAUCAUAAAGAUGCAUUUUUUAGCUUAGCCAAUAAACGAGAGAUCACAUGUGUCUUAAGUUAUCGUACUUGUUUCCUCAGAUUAAAAGCAAAGAAAAAUAUUUCAAAUAAAUACUUACGAUUCAUCUUUUACUAGUAAAUUUAUACUUUUUA